AUGCACUGACGCGUCCAUAUUCAUCAUGGCACACUAACAUACAUACACGUGAUGCUUUCAGCGCUUUGAUUCUGUUUUUCUGUUAGGUGUCUGUUUUGUGACCGCCAAAAGGGGUGCUGGAGAAAAAAAAACAGUUGCUCAGAGACUGCGUGCCCUUUGCAAUUGUGAUAUAAUCUCGAUUGGGUAUCACUCGAAGAGACUGUUAAAGGAAACUCUAAUAAGGUUUUCUAUCGCUGCUAAUCAACCAGAGACUCAUCUUGAAUGAAUAUUUGGUUUCACGUCUUUUUAUCCAUCUUUCUUGUAUUUAUUUUAUUUGCCUAGCCACUAUUCAUCAUGAGUUUUAGUCAACCGCCUCCUCCCAUUGAGCAGCUAUUCAACACCAUUGAGGAAGCUAAAUUGUACCUAGCUGAGUAUAUGUCCCAAACAAAUGUUAAAAUAGUCAUCUACAGGUCUAACAAGGACAGAGGAACUGUCAACUAUAGAUGCCAUUUGGGUGGCAUUUACAUCAACAAAAGAUCUCUAACUUCUGAAACUAGAAAACGAAAAUCUACUACGUCUAAAAUAAAUUGUGGUUUCAAAUUACUACUUAAACUAGAUCGCUAUUUGAAUAAAUACAAGCUACUAGUCACUUGUCCAGUUCAUACUCAUCCAAUCUUGCCUAAUAACACCGCUCUUAUUGCAAAUACCAAUGCAACCCAUAAUAAUCAAAAUGGUGAUGAUAAUGAUGUCCUUCAUAAAUCCCAAUCUGAAAGAAGCUCUUUUGCAAAUUCCUCAUUUUCAGUCUCAAAUUCAACCGUAUUAUUGAAGAAAUAUAGAAGAUCAACCGAAGUCGUGGAAUUCAUUUACAACCUACUUAAAAAUGAUAAAAAUAUGCAAUUGACCGAAAUUAGACAUCUACUUCUAGGUCAAUUUCCUAAACUAUCAAUCACUAAUGAAGAACUUCAAGUUGAAGUAACCGCUUUAACAAGCGAUAAUGCUGAGUCUUACCAUAAAUAUAGAACUUCCAGUAAAACUAAUAACAGGAUUAAAAAAAGAAAUAUAGAUCAGCUCAACAUAAUUACUCAAAGAAUAUCUCGUAAUGGUUACCCCAAUAACAACAAUAAUGGUGACAAUGAUAAUGUCAAUGAUAAUAGUUAUAAUACUAAUACUAAUACUAAUACUAAUACUAAUGCUAAUGCCAAUGUUAACAAUAACACUAGCAAAAACUCUAAUAAUGCUAACUCUAAAAAUGAUAAUGUUAAUGAUAUUAAUUCUGCUGGAACAGACAUUAAUGCUGAUAAUCAAGUUAAUAAUGUCACAAAUUCUAAUUCUUCAAACAAUAAUACAACUAUAAAUAAUAAUUCUGCUUUUAAUGAUUUAUUAUAUUCUAAUUCCACUUUUUCUUUAAUAACAACAAAACAAAACAACCAAGUUAAUACAGAUAAAACAUCUAAUUCAACCAAUAAUAAUAAUAAUAAUAAUAAUAAUAACAAAAAUAGCAAAAAAAAGCAUACACUAAACAAUAUUCGAAAUUCAAACCAAUUGGAUAAUAUCCAAUCUCUGUUACCAAAAAUUUUGGAGAGUGAUAACGUUAAUGUCGCUAACAUAACCACUUUAAAUGGCACUAUAAACGAUAUUAAUAAUAUAACUAAUAUCACUGGCUUAGAUAAUCUAAACAAUAUUAAUACUCUAAAUAAUUUGAGUAAUAUAAAUAUAAAUAAUUUGAACGGUUUAAAUAGUUUAAACGAUUUAAAUAAUUUACAAAACUUAAAUAACUUACAGAAUUUAAAUAAUUUAAAUAAUUUGACUAAUAUGAGCAAUAUCAACAAUUUGAAUAACUUAAAUAUUAUAGGUAAUAAUAAUGAAUUUGGAAAUCAAAAUUCUCUCAAAUAUUUAAUCAACAAUGUUGACAAUUAUAUCUUUAAAUUGAUCCAAAAUACUACAAUCAGAGAAUUUUCAAAUAUUAAAUUUCUUUUAUUUGAUAAAUUUACAACUUUGGCAAUGUCUGAUGAAGCUGUUAAAUAUUCAAUAGAUAAUUGUAUCAAUUUGAAAAAUUAUUUAAAAUAUCAACAGCAACAGCAGCAACAGCAACAGCAAAAGGAAAAACAGCCAGUUCCCUUGCAAAAGAACCAAUUGCAGCAAACUACUGUUCAAAAAACCACUGUGCAACAAAACCAACCACUAUCUAAUCACUCACGACAUGAUUCAUUACAACAAAGAAACUCUCUUCAUCAUACUAUUGUUCAGCAAAGUAUUGUUCAGAAUAGUUCUGCACAAAAUGACCCUAUUCAAAACAAUUCUUUGGAACAGAAUCAAUUUCAAUCAAAUGACUUGCAUCAAAACCAAAUCAUACAAAACCAACUACCACAAAAUCAAAAUGGCUCUUUGAAUAAUGUUACAGAAAACAUUCAAAAUAAUCAAGCUGUUUCAAGUACAGAUACCGUAAUUCAGCAGAUUCAUUCUAAUGCGAUUCGUAUUAGUAGAAAUUACCAAAAUAACCAAAAUAACCAAAAUAACCAAAAUGAUCAAAAUAUUCAACAAAACGAGAUCACCCAAUCUACUCAACUUUCUGUUCAAGAAACACAAACAAAUCAAAACAAUCAUGAUAGAACAAUUGACUUAUUUCAUCAGCAUUUACAGACGCAUUAUCAUAUUACCAAUUUUCAUCCACAAUUUCAUUCAACAAUGGAACAGCAACAAAAUCAGCAUAAAACUGGUUCUUCAACUAAUUUUGUUUUGGUUAAUAAUCAUAAUGAUUCAAACAUGAAUUCUUUAAUUUCUGAAAGAAUCGAAGAAUUGAAUAGAUCAAACAGCAAUGAUUUGCUAAAUCCUACUCAAUCAUCGAAUAAUAAUUUGGUAGAUAAUUCCCAUAAUAUCGAUAAUACAGAAGAACCAGAAACGCAAGUUGGAUCAAAUGAUUCUAAUAUGGAUAAUUUUGAUCAAACAAAUAAUGAUUUUAAUGAAUCAAACUAUAGUAAUAAUGAUUUAAACAAUAAUGUUCAUGAAGAAAAUGAUGAAGACUCAACUAAUGGAAAUAUAGAACAUGAAAACUUGAACAAUGAAAAUGAGAAUGAGAAUGAGAAUGAAAAUGAGAACGAAAAUGAGAAUGAAAAUGAGAAUGAAAAUGAGAAUGAGGAUGAGGAUGACAAAAAUGGAUUUCAACUUUUUCAACCCGACCCGCCAAAGGAACAAGAGUUUUCAACAAUGGAUGAGGCAAAAAAAUAUCUUCAAGAUUAUAUGAUAUCUCAUAGAGUUGGACUUGUAAUAUAUAAAUCCGGAAAGGAUAGAGGAUAUGCAUUGUAUAGGUGUGAAAAAGGUGGUAAUCCAGAACAAUCGGUAUCAAAGAAAACACGAGAUAGACUUAAAAAUCCAGAAAAAAAUGAACAAGAGCAGGAAAAUUAUGGUCAUGUAACUAAAAAAAGAAAAAGAAUGUCUAAAAAAUUAGGAUGUAAAUUUAGGGUUCAUAUAAAAUACCAAAAAAGAACAGAAAAAUUUCGAUUAUACGUUCCUUUUAGUAAACAUUCGCAUUCGACACUAAUUACAAAUAUUAAAGAUCACCCAGUAUUAAGGAAAAGAACACCAGAAGUAUACAAUUUCAUGAAAUAUUUAUUUACCCAAGAAAACGUUAAAAAGCCUCAAUUUAUAAGAAGAAGGUUAUUGGAAAAAUUUCCGACAUUAAAUAUAAUUGACAAAGAUGUUUAUAAUGAUCUUCGGAAAAUUAGACAAGAAAUUGCGCAAGCUGAGGAGACAGAGAUGAAGAAUAAUCAGACACUAGACGAAAAUAUUGACACGAGUUUGGUGAAUUUCCAAGAAUUGCAACUCCAAUUAACUGGAAUGGAUAUAGAAAGUGCAAAUGCCGUUCAAAUUAUGGGAAUAGUUCCUUCUCAUUUCAACCCAGUCUUGCAUCAGUAAAACCGUAUAAUUAGCGACUUUGAAUGAUUGUAUUGUUAAUGAUAACUGAAGAAUAUUAUUGUUAAAUAAAGAUAUAAUGUUGA